CAAGUUGCAAUACAUGUACAGCAGUGUAAGCAAUACUGUAUUUUGUUUGGUAAGGGGAUUCCCAGUGAGUUGGGUACUUUCCAUGUAUAAUCAAGUCACAGGAUCAAAGCACCCAGGAUCUUGUACGCAGCAAAAUCAUUUCGUAACAGCACAAGAGCAUACAGACCAAGCAUGGCGCGUUCUCUUGGUAUGAGUCAUCUCUCGAUAAUCGUCUGUUCUGUUCUGAUCAUCAAUGGGCUCGUAGAGGGCUCUUCCAAAGAACGACAGGACAGAAAGUGCGCCGUGGACAAGUAUUAUGACGAGUUCACCAGGAAUUGCGAGUCGUGUAGCCUGCUGUGCGAGGUGGCACGGGACACCAUGGAGGAAUGUGAGCGUAAAUGUGGAGAUUACCUGGCCAUUGUGCAACGGCAGACAACAACACCUGUUUACAGGCCCCGUCACGGUCACAGCGGGGGUCAAGGUCACGGUGCAGGAGAGGCAGUCCGGGUCGACAAUGUUCAAAUUGCAACCCAACUAAGUGCCAUCAACGACAGCCUCCGACUCAUAAUCUACACCCUCGUAGCCCUGACCGCGGUAGCCACACUUGCUGUGAUCGGCGGAAGCUGCUACCUUCUACAGGCUAGAAGGAAGCGAUUGGACGAGGAGAGUUACUACAACUCCUUCCCACCCAAAUCUCCCAUUGCCAAUGCCGGCAUUGCCGUGCAAGUGGAACCACCCACGGAAGAAAAUGUGCGAGACCACCCAGAAGGAGGUGAAGAAACGGUUGAGACCAACCUCUCCCUCCCGGUACAGAACGCCAGUCGCUACCCCUCACACAACCGCCUGAAUGUAGAGGACGCCCUGAGGAACCAGCAAGCUCACGACGAGGGACGCAGAAGCUCAUCAGAGUCUGAUGUCUGAGUGGGAAAUUUAAAAAAAAAUCUGGGUUUUGUUGCGUAGAGAUGGGGAGGAUACAAUUUGGUUACCCUAAACUCCAUAACUAAACAUUUGUGGUCAUCGGUUCAUACUAUUAGUAAAGAAUCUUGUGUACUGUUUGAUUGAGAGAUGAAUUAUUUUGUGUAUUAACGGUCUGAAUUGUGGUAGUUAUAUGUAUACUUAUACUAUAUUACGUAUUUCCUAUAUUAGUUUUAUUGUAACGAUAAAGAUAAUGAAAUCGUAGUAAUUUUCUUUAUAGUUUUUAUGAUAUUGAAUGCUUGUAUAAAACUUCUGGAUUGAAAACAUUAAUGAAGUUGAGAUGAUGCUGUGAAGCAAAAUUCUGUAUAUUUUAGCAUUAGUAAAUUGCUGUAUAAUUUAGUUUUUGGAGUUGAGGAACAGAGGGCGUGUAAAUAAGUGUUGAAUGUAGUGUACAAAGCGUGUAAGUGUACUUAAAAGGUAUUCCGCCAGACGUCGCUAGACGUGAAUGUCUUCGUUUAUAUUUCUGUACAUGAACGACAAAGUCAUGUGCAUUUUAGAACCUUCAUAAGAAAAGCCCUACAAUAAUGUCAAGUUGUCAAAUAAACAAUGAGAUUUACAACCCUUCGUUAUGGUG